AUGCUGAAGUGUUCAGCGUGCAAGCUGGUCUUCCACCGCCGGUGCUUGGACGACCAUCCGCCGACUGGAGAGGAGCAGCAGCCGACGUCCGCGUUACCGGGUCGAGCUGACGCGAUCACGCAGACCACUCCGAUCGUUUGCGUCGAGAUCGUCGCGACCGGAUCGUCGGGCAGUGUCGGCCGUCGGAUGUAUGACGCGAAACCGUCACGGGACGACUCGUUAGACAUAGACGCCGAUUCGGUCGCGCAGAGACUGCACCGAUACUUCAAUCGGCAAGAAGAGGAUAAGCGAUCGUUGAAAAUGGAGAUCGACAUGUUGUACGAGAUCAUAAAAACCAAACACCGGAGGAUAAAAGAAUUGGAAAACAAUAACGUGGAUCUUGAUCUUUAACGGUCGGUACGAUUGACCGGUCGUAAUGCGAAAUAUAUCCAGACACGAAA